CUAAAUGAGAGCUGUUCGAGACUUGUUUGAUGUGUUUGCAUUUAGGAGAAUGUUUCAUUUGUUUGCAUCAGCCCGCACGCUUUGGCACGUGAUCCCCUUUUUGGGGAUUGUCUUGGCAGCGAGUAUACUCCUGGACAAACACUCAACUACUUGUCAUGGGCGAUUUAUAACGUCGCCCGAGGCCUGAUGGCCCCUCAACCGCAGUCGCCGCCUCCGAUUCCACCCCCAGUCCCUGUCGAGACUCAUCCCAACAGGGCCGGAGGGUUGAAGCCGCCGUUGCCAAACCGUGUCCCACCCGAUCCAACACGACUUGCUCCAGAACAUGCAUAUUACUCUCAUUCACAGCCACGAUUGUGGCACGAUGAUUCCGCCAGUUUAAGACCGAUUAGCGGUGCUAUUUCCACCCCGGCUGCUGUUGCUGCUCUAAGGCCACCGCCUGCAGUACCUGGCACGGCGCCUAGAAAGUCCGACGGCCGCAAGCUCAGAGAUGGACGGCGAAAGAAGCGCAAAGGGGCGUGGAAGAAACUUCUUUGGGUUCGACAAUCUUAUCCGGAUAAUUAUACCGACGCAGAAACUUUCCUCGAUCACCUCCAACGAAAUCCACGUCUGCGGCCGUACGACUUCUGGCCGCUUGUUGCCGACUCUACAGUCAUAGUUCAACAUGUGUGCUCUGUCGCAAUUUUCGUCUGUUGUUUUGUGGGGAUUGUUCACGAUAGAGUGAGCCCGGUGUCCGUGGUCGGCUGGGGUAGUAUAGGCACCGUAUUAGGCUGGGUUCUGUGGGAUUCUUGGGUUUGGAAAGAACAACGCGAAGCCUUGCAAAUAGCAACACAGCUUUCCGAGAGUGGUGAGGCUGACGACGGGUCGAGUGCAAGUUCUACAAGCUCACAUCACCCACCAUCAGCGGGAUCUCAAUCUAACGGGAACGCUGGCAAUGUUCAUGGUCUAGGUCUCAAUAUCCCCCGGUCAAGCUCAGAAAUUCGUCUGCGACGCCGAAGCACGGAGAUGAGCGCAUCGUCCUUGCAAAAUGGUAAUCCAAAUUCCCCUAUUCUACAACCCACGAACAUAUUAUAUCCAUUCAAUGAAGACGGCAAAUCAUUGUUGUCAACGCGGAAUCGACAGCGCCUUGCAACGGUCAAAUCCGCCGCUCUAAUAUAUUGCGCUUUGCUCGGCCUCAGCCCAAUUUUGAAAUCCCUCACAAAGUCCACUGCAAGUGAUUCUAUCUGGGCUAUGAGUUGCUGGUUGAUGAUAAUCAAUAUUUUCUCCUUCGACUAUGGCAGCGGGGAGGGGGGAGCAGAUGUCACCAAAUUCCCUGCUUCCUUAUCCACAAAUGCGGCAUUGAUGGCGUCAACGGUGCUCGCCUCGCGUCUUCCUUCGACCACGCAUGUGUUCAGUUUAACCCUCUUUUCCAUCGAGGUAUUCGGGCUCUUUCCUGUUUUUCGACGUCAUUUGCGGCAGGUGUCCUGGACUGGCCAUCUCAUCCUAACUUUUGGGUUGGUUCUCGUCGCUGGUGCGGGCGUUGGAAUAACGGUUCGAGGUGGAUGGGCCGCUGCUAUAGUAGGGUCAAUCAUGGGCAGCAUUCUCACAGCAUUAGCAAUGGGGUCUUGCAGCUGGUGGCUUAUUAGCCUUCAGAAGUAUAAAAAUGUUGUUAUAGGACCGUGGGACCCAGCUAGGCCAAUAAUCCGAAGAAAUUGGGAUUAGCAUUGGCGUCGAUAUAAUUUAAAUAAUAUUUUUCAUGAUUCAUUGACACGUUCUCUAAUAAAGCGAAUGAGAACGAAUUCCUUUGUAGUCAAUACAAAUUCGACAGUUAGA